AUGGCGCAAUCCAAACCAGACAUCUCAAUCGUCCCCGCGGACGAAAAUGACACAUUGGCCCUCGCACAGAUAGAAUCCAUGGCCUUUGACGGCCCAUCUGCCUAUGCUCUCAGCAGAACCAACACCGCGGGCCUCACUGAGACAGUAUCAGACAAAGAACAACCCUUGUCUCUGAACAGGUUAAUGUUUGGUCUCCCCAGCACAGAGGGCUACGCGAUCCGCGCUCGGGGCCUAAACGAGCGGCUAAAAACCAGUCCUGACUUUCACAUCUACAAAGCCGUCUUGAAAGAAGGUGAUGCAAUCGAGAAGAUAGUUGGAUUUGCGGCGUGGAGGUUUUGUGCGGAUGUCCCGUUUCCUGUGGAGGAUACAUGGAAGGAUUUACCCUGGGAAGGAGCUGCGAAUCCGACGGUGUGUAAUGAUUUCUUUGGUGGGAUGGCGAAGUUGAGGACGAAGAAUCUUGGUGGGAAGAAAGUUGCUUUACUGGAAACAUUGACGAUUGACCCUUCGGCUCAAGGACUAGGCAUAGGCUCCAAGAUGCUGGAUAAGGGCCUCGAGGAUGCUAAGACCUUGGGCGUGACAGAAGCAUGGUUGGAGGCUUCAGAUGCUGGAUAUCCGUUGUAUCGGAGAUAUGGCUGGAGGGACGUUGAGGUUCUGACUAUUGAUUUCGCAAAGUAUGGCGCGGAGGGGAGUACUAAGGUUACUAUCAUGAAGAGGGAGGGAUAA